UGUAGUAGAGUCAUUGUAAUAUCAACCGUUUCCUCCCUCUCUCUCUCUGUCUCUUAGCAACAUCUUAACCCGUUUUCGCCCGACCUGUUACGGCAUCUUUCGUGCAGCUGACGCAGCCAUGUCCAGCCGUCGAGAGCUGCUAAUCCCUACACGGCCGUCUUCCCCCUCCCUCCCUCUUAUCGGUUCAAUACCUACACGUAGCAUACCCGUGUCAUUCGCUUCACCACUUGGAAACGCCUAUUUCCGGCGAAGAGAACAGAGAACAAGAGAUCUUGCUUCUUCCCCGCAUCCUGCUGCCGUCUGCUCGUCUCGGGGACUCCAUCUCACCGAUUGCAUCAUAAAAACCGUGACACAGCCACACUAACCCAUCCCAAUAUAUCCCUCCUCUUCUUUUCUGUCCGUCAUCCAAUGGCAUCACUCGCAUCGUGAGAAUAGACGUCUCGACACCGGGCCGUCCCCGAACACGCAACAAAUCAUGUCGAAGACCGCCUUGCGGGUCGCCGUGCUGAUUGUCUCCACGACAGCAGCCAAAGAUCCCUCGACGGAUUCUUCCCAGGCUGCCCUGAGCGAGGUCCUCGCCAAAGAGGACGGGAGGUGGGAGGUCGUCGAAACCAAGAUCGUGCCCGAUGUCGCCUCUCAGAUUCAGGAACAGAUUAUGUUGUGGGCCGACCGUGCCGCAGACCACAUCAACCUCAUCCUCACCAGUGGCGGCACCGGUUUUACCGUGGCUGACAACACUCCGGAGGCUGUCUCCGCGCUAAUCCACAAACCGGCGCCUGGCCUGGUGCAUGCCAUGCUGGCCGCCUCCCUCGAUGUUACCCCGUUCGCCAUGAUGGCUCGCCCGGUUGCCGGCGUCAGGAACAAAUCUAUCGUCAUCACCCUGCCAGGCUCGCCGAAAGGUGCAAGAGAAAACUUGCAGGCGGUGCUAAAGACAUUGCCGCACGCAUGUCUUCAAGCCGCCAGCAUCGACUCCAGAGCGCUGCAUGCUGGCGGUAUAGAGAAGCUCGAGGCGGAAGCCGGCUUACGAUCGGACUCGGGCCAGGCGCGCGCACAUGGCCAACAUCACAACCACGGAGCUGGCCAUCAGCACAGCCAUAGCCACGGCAGUAGUCACGACGGCCACCGCCAUGGCCACGGGCAUAGCCACGAUCAUGGUCACGGCAAUUUAGUUAGACACACGCCAUCUAGCGCGAAUCCGAUGUCCAACGAUCCGAAUCUCGGCCCCAGUCGGAGGAGUCGAGAGUCCCCGUACCCGAUGCUCUCCGUCGACGACGCUCUGAAACUGAUUAAGCAGCACACGCCGCCGCCGGAAAUUAUCACCUCCAAGGUUGAUGUGUCGCUUCCUGGUCUCGUGCUUGCCGAGGACGUCCGCGCGAAGGAAAAUGUGCCUGCAUUCAGGGCAAGUAUUGUCGAUGGCUACGCCGUUGUUGUACCUAAGGGCGGAGACAUGAAGGGGGUCUUCCCCGUCGUGUCGGUGUCCCACGCGUCGCCGGGCGAGGCGAAGCCGCUGAAGGUAGGCGAGAUCUCGAGGAUCACGACGGGGGCGCCGCUGCCGCCGGGAGCCACGUCCGUCAUCAUGGUCGAGGACACGAUUUUGAAGACUAUGACCGACGACGGGAAAGAGGAAAGGGAAGUAGAGAUUCUAGCAGACAACGUGAAGGAGGGAGAGAACAUCCGCGAGAUGGGCAGCGACAUCAAAGCGGGCGCCACUAUCCUCAGCAAGGGCGAGCGCAUAUCCGCUGUCGGCGGCGAGAUCGGCCUCCUGGCUGCCGUCGGUGUCGCCGAGGUGAAGACGUACCGCCGGCCCAUCCUGGGCGUGCUGUCGACGGGCGACGAGAUCGUGCCGCACGACCGACCGGGAACCCUGCGACUCGGCGAGGUCCGCGACACGAACCGCAUCACGCUGAUGUGCGCAGCGCGCGAGUGCGGGUAUGAGGCUAUUGACCUUGGUAUCGCGGCGGACCGGCCGGGCACGCUCGAGGAGACCCUGCGGCACGCCCUACGACGCGUCGACUUCAUCGUGACGACGGGUGGCGUCUCGAUGGGCGAGCUCGACCUACUCAAGCCGACCAUCGAGCGCGCGCUCGGCGGCACGAUUCACUUCGGCCGCGUGGCUAUGAAGCCCGGCAAGCCGACGACGUUCGCGACGGUUCCUGUCAAGGAGCACAGUAGCGGUCAUCGGACGCCCAAGGUCGUCUUCUCGCUGCCGGGCAACCCAGCUUCGGCCAUCGUCACGUUCCACCUGUUCGUACUGCCGUCGCUGCACCGUGCGGCGGGUAUAGCGCCGGAGGGCCUGCCACGGGCCCGCGUGACGCUCGCGCACGACUUCACGCUCGACCGCACGCGCCCGGAGUAUCACCGCGCCGUCGUCUCGGCGGGCCCGGCCGGCCUAGUGGCGGUCAGCACAGGCGGCCAGCGCAGCUCUAAGGUCAGCAGCUUGCGCGGCGCGAACUGCCUGCUGUGCAUGCCGAGCGGGGACAAGCCCCUACGGAAGGGAACGACAGUCGAUGCACUGCUCAUGGGACCCAUCAGGAGUGAUCUCUGGUGAGAAGAAGAAAGACAAGUCAUAGGUACCUAUGUAGGAAGGUGUAAGGCUUUGAUGUUGGUUCAUCCGAACGGCUUCAUGGAUACCCCGGAUACUUAACAACAGUUAAAGUGAUGUGCUAUUCAAAGGCCACACAUUGUAGGGGUGACCUUGCGUAUAGUAAGCAUUAUUCAGGCGAGAGCUGCAUGAUAUUCUCAACCGUUUGCAACUCACAUGCAACUAUAACUUAUCCAAUACAGCUACCUGCGAUACUACCUAGGUGGAUAUGCAUAUUGCUACUGUGAUGGUUCGUUCAUACUCACGCCAAACCACCAACGACCCGAAUCUCUCUUCACAACGGCAUGUCUCAAUAAUACCACUUGUAAGACAAGCCUAUACAAUUGAGAUAGGCUCACCGGUCGACCCCACCGACGAGCAGGUGGAUUCUUCCCCGGCUCUGGAACGUGUAUCGGUCCCCUUUCCCGUC